CUUCUAAACGAUCACUUUCAGCAAUGUCGUCUAAAUCAAAUCUACCCGUUGUAUUUGUCGUUGGAGCUUCAAGAGGAUUGGGUUUGAGUAUAGUGGAAAUCUUGCUAAACGGAUCCAAGACUUUAGAGCCGGCCAACGUGGUUGCACUUUCGCGUUCACAAACAGAUGCAAUCAAUAAACUCAGUUCAGAACAAAGAUCUUCCAAAUCAUCAUUGAUUGCUGUACAAGGAGAUGCUUCUAAAGAAUCUGACUGCAAGAAAGCAAUCGAUCAAGCUAUACAAAAAUGGGGCCGAUUAGAUGCUAUCAUCUUGAAUGCCGGAACAAUAGAAUAUGCACGUUUGGCCAAUGGAAAACCUGCUGAAUUGGUGGAUCAAAUUAGUUCAAAUGUUGCUAUGAUUCUUCAACCUUUGCAUCAUUCGAUCCCUCAUCUUCGUUCUUCUCCAACAGGUUGUGGAAAAGCUGUCUUUGUUUCGAGUGGCGCCUCAACUGGUCAAACGUCCGCUUGGGGUGCUUAUAAUGCAAGUAAAGCAGCCAUGAACGCAAUCGCAAGAACAUUGGCAAACGAAGAGAAGUCUCUAGCCGUUUGGGCAGUACGUCCAGGUGUUGUGGAUACAGAAAUGCAAAAGAGUAUUCGUGAAAAAGCAAAAGAAUCCAUGGAUCCGAACGAAUACGUCAGAUUUGAAGAAUUGCAUAGGGAUGGCAAGCUCUUACCACCCGAAAAGCCAGGUCAUGUAUUUGCCGCUUUAGCAGUCCGUGGUACACGAUCUCAUCCAGCUCUUCCAAACGAGAAUGAAGGUGCAGGUGCAAAAGGUGCUUAUAUCAAUUGGGAAGCAGAAGAAUUGCAAGAUUUUCAAUUACCACCACAAUAGUUUAAUCUUAUAUCAUGUAAUUUCUUCCGAGGCAUAGAUACGUACGUACAAUAUUUGAGAACAAAUGAGCAAAAAAUAUACAGUUGAUUGUGA